CUCCUCCCUCAAUCGAUCCAACUCCCUAGUUUCCUCUCGCCUGCCCUCGUCAUGCUCGCAACACCCUCUCUCCGUCAAGCGGCUUACAUCGUCGCCGCCAAGCGCACACCCUUUGGUGCCUUUGGCGGCAAGCUUUCCACUCUCACUGCCGCUCAACUCGGAGGGUACGCCUCUCGGGGAGCUCUCGACACUCUUCCUUCUGGAAUCGAAAAGGAGGUGAAGCAGACCAUCUUUGGAAAUGUUCACGGAUCAGACAACUCUGCUGCCUAUCUUGCCAGACAUGUGGGACACCAUGCUGGCUUGCCAGUGACGGUUCCUGCUCUUACGGUGAACAGGCUGUGUGGAAGUGGAUUUCAGAGUAUCAUUAAUGCUGUACAGGACAUCGCUACAGGGGAUGGAGAUCUCCUCUUGACCGGAGGGACAGAAAGCAUGUCUCUUGCUCCCUACACACUACACGGUGUUCGCUUUGGAGGAGGAAAGUAUGGAGUGGACCUCAAACUUGUAGACUCUCUUGCUGCUGCUCUCACUGAUAUGGUGCCUACACCUACACCUAUGGGGAUUACUGCGGAGAAUUUGGCCCAAAAGUAUGGAGUUUCAAGACAACAGUGUGAUGAAUUUGCACUGCAGAGUCAACAGAGGUGGCAAAAGGCAAAUGAGGAGGGAGCAUUCAAGGAUGAGAUUGUACCAGUGGAGGUAAAGGUCAAGAAGGCAACCGAGUCCUUCUCUGUCGAUGAGCACCCCCGAGGCAAGACGACCAUUGAGUCCCUCGCCAAGCUCCCCUCUGUCUUCAAGAAAGAGGGCGCCGUGACUGCCGGUAAUGCUUCUGGUAUCUGCGAUGGUGCCGCCGCGAACAUCGUCGCCUCCGAGGAGGCUCUGAAGCGGUAUGGUCUCAAGCCCCUCGCCCGUGUGGUGAGCUACGCCUACACUGCCUGCGAGCCGAGCAUCAUGGGUAUUGGACCUGUCGAGGCGGUCAAGAAGGCGUUGGAGAGGGCAGGGAUGACACUGGACCAGAUGGACCUGGUGGAGGUGAACGAGGCAUUUGCAGCUCAGGUUCUCAGCGUGCAGAAGGAGCUGGAGAUUCCCAAUGAGAAGCUCAACAUUCACGGAGGUGCAAUCGCUCUGGGUCACCCGCUCGCCGCGUCAGGCGCCAGAAUCACUGCGAAUGCUGUUCACAACCUCAUCCGACUGGACAAGAAGCACGCCGUAGUCAGCGCGUGCAUCGGUGGUGGACAGGGAAUCGCACUGGUUCUCGAGCGCGUUUGA